GCUGUAUUUCUGCAAAUACCGGGAAGAAAGCAAAAAAAACGAUGCUUAAUAGGUGGGCUUCCUUUAAGAGUCAGGAGGAUGCGGUCAGUUAUAUAGUAUCGGCGUAUAAAUAAGUCCUUGCUGUUGUUGAUGCUGUAUGAGUGUGAUGACCAUCAGGCGGUGAGUGUUCAGUUUAGAGAGAAUACGCCACAGAGGAAGAGGCUGAAUAGGGUUUAUAUGGCUCAAGCUAAAAGAAAAUAUCCGAACUCUAAAAGACCGAUGCUGCGAUUCCGAGACGAAUGGAAUGGCACUAUAACAAAAACUAUAUUUUCAUUCUUCACUUUCUCUGAACUCACCCAUCUCAGCGGUGUCUGAAGGAUGUUCUUCGAGAUCACUGGGAGCAAAUCAAUUCUAUCAAUGCAUAGUAAUGGGCAGAGGGCAUUUGAGGCAUCAAUAGACCAUGUCCUUCCUGAUGUAACUAACGAUGACAUCUGUCAGCAAUCCGGCCAACAAGGUUCUCGUGUAAUACAUGACAUUACACUGAACUCAGAUGCGAAUGAUUACUUCCCUCAUUUGUAUAUUACGAGAGAUAAGAAUAAUUCUAAGACUAAGAGUUUCUCUCAAAGAAGGCUGAAGUUUAACUCUGUUAGCCCGGUCAGUCAGAAUUCCUCUAAUCAAGAUCCAGAGUACGAUAUUAUUAAAGAUGAUGUCGGCUACAUUAAAUUGGUCGGCAAGAUGUUUUAUGGGUCUAAUAGAAGCAACAGUUCAAAUAAUUUAGGCAGUUCCAAGAAGAGAAAUCAAUCUGAUAUCAACUCCUCACAAGCUUUUGGCAGUAUGAGAGAAGGCACUCUUUCAUGCAGGGCUCCACAAUUCUUAGCAGCUCCGAGUCAAGCGAAAUUACAGUUGGCAAAUACUCUUACUGAGGGCUUUUGGAAGGAACAAAAUUUUAUAUUUUCACCCAGUAACGGAAGUAAUAUGGGUCAUCGCAGUGUAAAAUCAAAUGGGAAGUUGCAUCAAAAAGUAGCUGUUGUACGAGCCAAAAACUUGCCUAUUCAGAAGAUGAAUACACUGAAAGUUACGAAACCUAAAGGAAAAUCUAAAAUCAAACCUUCAUGUGAUACGCCGAACUUUAGGAGUUCUAAAAAUCCAAGCAAGAGUUUGUUCCAUUUGAAGCCUCCUGGUGGACUUAAUAGCCCUAGUAGAUUCCGUGAGGAGAGGGAUGAAAUCUUUGAUGCUGUGAUAGGAGACAACAUGAUUAAUGACAUAAAUUAUCUCAGCGAAGACAGCUAUUAA